UUCCCCUCCGGCGAUCCGUAGGAUGCUGCCCUUCGACCCGCGGCGGCGGGGUGAGGGGCCGGGCGGCCAUCUUGUGCGGGCGGGCGGCGGCGGCGGCGGGAGCGCGGCCCGGGCCGGCCAUGUCCUCGUUCUCGGAGUCGGCGCUGGAGAAGAAGCUGUCGGAGCUCAGCAACUCGCAGCAGAGCGUGCAGACGCUCUCGCUGUGGCUCAUCCACCACCGCAAGCACGCGGCGCCCAUCGUCUCCGUGUGGCACCGGGAGCUCCGCAAAGCAAAAUCGAGUAGGAAACUCACUUUCCUGUACUUGGCCAAUGAUGUCAUCCAGAACAGUAAGAGGAAAGGCCCUGAAUUUACCCGGGAAUUCGAGUCUGUUCUUGUGGAUGCUUUUUCUCACGUUGCCAGAGAAGCAGAUGAGGGCUGCAAAAAGCCCUUGGAACGAUUACUUAACAUCUGGCAAGAGAGGAGUGUGUAUGGCAGUGAGUUCAUUCAGCAGCUGAAGCUCUCGAUGGAAGACUCCAAUAGCCCCCAGACUAAAGUUACAGAGGAGAAGAAGUCUCUGAAACGGACUUUUCAGCAAAUACAGGAGGAGGAAGAUGAUGAUUACCCCGGGAGCUACUCGCCCCAAGACCCCAGUGCUGGGCCACUGCUGACUGAGGACUUGAUCAAAGCCCUGCAAGACCUGGAAAACGCAGCGUCAGGAGAUGCCACCGUGCGGCAGAAAAUUGCUUCCCUGCCUCAGGAAGUUCAGGAUGUUUCAUUACUGGAGAAAAUAACAGACAAGGAGGCUGCCGAGCGCCUCUCGAAGACGGUGGACGAGGCGUGCCUGCUGCUGGCCGAGUACAACGGCCGCCUGGCUGCCGAGCUGGAGGACCGGCGCCAGCUCGCCCGCAUGCUCAUCGAGUACACCCAGAACCAGAAGGAUGUCCUCACGGAGAAGGAGAAGAAGCUGGAAGAAUAUAAACAGAAGCUUGCUCGGGUAACCCAGGUCCGCAAGGAGCUGAAAUCCCACAUCCAGAGCCUUCCCGAUCUGUCACUGCUGCCCAAUGUCACGGGGGGGCUGGCACCUCUGCCAUCUGCUGGUGACCUGUUCUCAACAGACUAGAACAAACGGUGUCCCAGUUCCCAAUACCACCAGCAGAAGUGAGAAGACUGGUGUAGACUGGAACUCCGGCCCGCCAGGAUCUCCAGUGGGAAGGAACCUGCAGACCCUGCUUUGCCCCUUGGCUGCUCGUGCUCCCCUGGCUCACGUUGAGGGGAGAGCGAAGAGCGAGGCUUUGUGAGCUCCCCAGCGAGUGGGGACAGUCCCAUCUAGGCAAACUUUUCUCCUGUUUUUCCAUACUUUUUAGUUGCUGUUUGCUCUUAGCACUCGUUACCCCACAGAAGUUGCGUGAAUCAUGUACAUACAUACCUGGGUUGUUUCCAAAGGAAGGCUGACCCAUCACACUGCUCCUCUGUAGAAGUGUCCUGCUGUUUCUGGAGGAGUCUGCCCUGUUUUCACUGGGUUUGAGCCUGGUCUCUGGAGCAGGAGUAGCUGAUGGGCUGCCAGGGCCGGGUGCGCGUGCUGCACCGCGGGAGGAGGCGGCUUCUGCUGAGCAGUGGUACAGAGCAAUGUUAUUCUUAAGCCUGCAGUUCCUCCGUGGUGUGGGACUGAGGUGAAGAUCCUUCCUGUUUGGCUUGUACAGAAAUUGAAACUCACCACAGGCAACAAAAAUGAGCAGCUUUUCUUUGUGAAUUAGAGAUAGCUUCAAAACUUACACGGCUGAGCAGCGCAGAGCUGGGAAUUGCCUCGGUGAGAGGGGAAGGAAGGUCUGUUCUAGCUGCCCUAGAUUUAUACCACAUUUUUCCUCUUCAUUACACAAAAUCUGAUGCUCCCAAAGCUUUGAUUUAAUGACUGGAGAGGCUGGAAGGGUGCACUGCAGCUGCUGGUGGCCCUGUGACCAGAACCUUCAUUGACUCUUGGAAUAGCUGCGUUGAAAAUACUAUUCUAUUAAUUCUCUCCAUAGCUUUAGUGAAGUUGUUUGAUGCACAGAAGUUAAAUGUGGUAUAAAUGUUUAUUUAUAUAGAGCAUAGGCCCAUAUAUAUGCACAUACCCUGUAUGCACAUGUACCAUGUCCUGCGUGUAGAUAUUAGAAGGAUGUACUUAAAGGAUGUACUUAAUUUUGUGUCACAGAUUAUCGUGGGUGGAGUUUUAUAAUCAGAAGUAAAAAAAAAAAAAAGACAAAAAAAAAAAGGAGAAAAGGCAAAUGUAAAACACUUAAUUCCAUUCUGUUGCUGGCUGAUGGCUUCGUGCGGUGCCUGGCGUUCCAGUUCAGCUUGUGUGUUAGGUCUGACAAGCUGGACUCUGAUCACUGAAAACCAUUCCAAUCUGGAUAACCAUUCUGUUCCAGUCUGGGUAACGCUUCUGUUGCAGUUUAGCACCCCUCACUAGGAAACCGUUAUAAAACCUUUUCAGUUCCUGGCAACGCUGGACCUGGGAGUGCAGGUUUGGUGGCAGAGGCUGAGGUGAGGCUGUGUCUGCACCUCCCUGUCAAGGAGGGGAGAGGAGCCCUGUGGAAAUGCAAAGCUGGUUCUGCAUCCUCCUCAGUUUCUUUCCCAGGGUGUUCGUAGCCCGCUCAGCGCUCGGUUAAACGGGUACUGCAGCGUUUGCUGGUCAUGAAGCUGUUCAGAAGCUCUCAUCCUUUCCCUCCUGACCCUUCAUUUGUCCUUGUUUGAGUCUCCUCGCCCCCCACGGCCCAGCCCAGAAACGUGGUUUUUCUCUUCAGUUUACAGGGAAUCCUUCCGUGGCAGGACUGUUCCCUCGGUGAGUCCAUGUGAUUGUGCAGCCCCCAUGGUCCAAAGUGAUGUAGGUAAAGCACAGCGCGUCCUCUGCUCUUGCCAAAGAGGAAGAAACAAACCCUAAACCUUACGAGCCCAACCCAGCGCCUCAGCCCUGCUGCCGGGGCUACCCCGGAGCUGUCUGAACCAAGUACUUCAGCUGGUGAUGGAACGUGUGUCACUGAGGACAGCAAAGCUGUCAUCAAAGAGUGAGCCGGGCAGAGGCGCUGGCACCGCGGGCUCCUUCCUGGGCGGGUCUGUGGGAGUUGGGUUUUAAUGGAAACGCUUGGAUUUCUUUCCCCCAGUACACGUGUGUGGUUUAUUUUGCUUAAUUUAAAUGAAGUCUCGUGGGUUUUAAUUUUAUUUGUUUUCCUUUUUGGGCAAAGGGCUCUGGUGAGCUGGUGGCAGCCUCGAGGUUGAACAGAUUCCCUCAAGCUGUGUCUUGUUUUUGUUUUUUAACAAAAGCUUCAAUCUGUAUAUGAACCGAUGUAGGAAUUAAUUUAGACAUAUAGGCUGCCUGUCGUGGCAGCAGUAUAUUCUCAACUGUCUCAUAGAUAUCUAUUUUUGAAUAAAGAGGGUGUCCUUGA